AUGGCCCUAGAGGAUCGUUGCAGUCCACAAUCAGCGCCAAGUCCACCAGGUUUGCCUCAAUCGCCGCAACACGCGCAACAACAGCAACAACAGCAACAACAACAGCAGCAGCAGCUCCAGCAUCUGCAUCACCUCCAGCAGCUGCAGCAGUUGCAUCAGCAGCAACUGGCCAAUGCCGGCGUGUUCCACCAUCCUGCCGCUGCCUUCGAUGCUGCCACCGCUGCGGCGGCUGCUGCCCAUGCUGCUGCAUUGCAGCAGCGCCUCAGCUCGAGCGGAUCGCCGGGCGCUCACUCCACAGCCUCCUCGACACCUGCCUCAACGAUGACCAUCAAGGAGGAGGAGAACGACUCCAUUAUGGGCGACAGCUUUCACAAUCAAACGGCCACCACAGCCGGCACAGCCACCGAGGACGAGGAGGACGACAUCGACGUGGACGAUGUUGACGUCGAUGAACAUGAGCGCAACAGCGGAGCUGGCGUUGGUGCAGCCCGCAUCCCGCCCCCUGCGCACCAGCAAUCGGCCAAACCAUCGCUGGCCUUCUCGAUAUCCAAUAUUCUGAGCGAUCGCUUUGGUGCUGCGGACGGAGCCACCAAACAGGGUAAGCAGACCACUCUGGAAUCGCAUGCAGCGGCUGCUGCUGCCGCCGCUAGCAUUUUCCGGCCCUUUGAGGCAAGUCGUGCCGCCGCCGCCACGCCCUCCGCCUUCACACGUGUCGAUCUGCUCGAGUUCAGUCGCCAACAGCAAGCUGCUGCGGCUGCGGCGACCGCGGCCAUGAUGCUGGAGCGCGCCAAUUUUCUCAACUGCUUCAACCCGGCAGCUUAUCCUCGCAUCCACGAGGAGAUUGUCCAGAGCCGCCUCAGACGCAGUGCAGCGAACAGCAACAACGUAGUGUUGCCGCCACAUGGAGGCGCCUCCAGCAAGCAUCAGCUAAUCAGUGAGCCGAGCGUGGAGAAGUCAGCACUGGGCUCGCUCUGCAAGACGGUCUCGCAAAUUGGCCAACCAACCGCGACUCCCCUGAGCACCAUUAGCAGCUCGAGUGGCAGCAGCCAGGCCAACAAUCUGGCCAGUCCACCACCCGCCUCAAAUGCAUCCACCGCUUCAACUACGUCCACCGCCACAGCCACAUCCUCGGCCUGCUCGUCGGCGUCCAGUUCGCUGAACUCAUCGCCCAGCAGUCGCCUGGCUAGUAGCGCCAACAACGCCAGCAGCCCGCAGCCCAUUCCGCCACCCUCGGCUGUUAGUCGGGACUCUGGCAUGGAGUCCUCGGAUGACACACGCUCCGAGACCGGGUCCACCACCACGGACGGCGGCAAGAAUGAAAUGUGGCCCGCCUGGGUCUACUGCACUCGCUACAGCGAUCGUCCCAGCUCAGGACCACGCUAUCGCCGCCCCAAACAGCCAAAGGAUAAGAACAACGACGAGAAACGCCCUCGAACGGCCUUCUCCAGCGAGCAGUUGGCGCGUCUAAAGCGCGAAUUCAACGAGAAUCGUUACCUCACCGAGCGCCGCCGCCAGCAACUGAGCUCCGAACUGGGUCUGAACGAGGCGCAAAUUAAAAUCUGGUUCCAGAACAAACGCGCCAAGAUCAAGAAGUCGACCGGCUCCAAGAAUCCACUCGCACUGCAGCUGAUGGCCCAGGGUCUGUACAACCACACGACCGUGCCGCUGACCAAAGAGGAGGAGGAGCUGGAGAUGCGCAUGAAUGGCCAGAUACCGUAA